AUGAGUUGGAAAUACUUUGUCAUUUUUCUGGAUUUGUUGGAAUUUUGUAUUUUGGCAGGUGAUGAGCGGGCAUUGUGCAGGAAGUGUCUUGUACUUGAAGGAGCACACCGCAGUUGCCUUGGGGAUCGUUGCUGUGAUAGUGAUAGGCAUUGUUGCGCUCUCAAAGUGAGCGAGGAGGCCAAGAAAAGAUUGCAGGCGUGGGCUGAUGUUCCUUCGCUCUUGCGCGAUUUGUCCACCGUGGGAAACAUCAGUUGGUACGGUUUUCUGAGCAACCUUGGCAGCGUUUUUGUAAGACAAGCGCUGCGAGCGCUGCUUGUCUCCGAAGGGCCGGAUCCAAGGUCUGCCUGGCCCUGUUUCACAACUUGA